AGAUUGAAACUGAACUAGACUGAAACUCGCCGCCCUGUGUGUGCUGGGCUUUAAGAGUGGGAAUUUACGAGGCGGGCAGCAUGGUUUUUAUUUGCAGCGUUGUCGCAAAGUUUGGAUUUAGGAUUUGACUAUGUAAAAUCACAUUGCUAUCGUACUGUUUAGUUAUGCUUUGACAAUAUAUUUCUUCUGCGAAGAAGGUGCAUCACACUAAACGCCGGUUAAUGAACAAACCUAGUCGCUGAGAUCUGAAAGUCCAUCAGAAGCUGGCUGGCAAAGAGAGGGGCGGCAGACAUGGCCGAAGCUGAGGAUGAGAGCAGGAACAGCAGCCUGCAGAGAAAGAAACCACCCUGGCUCAGAUUGGACAUCCCCAUUGCUCUGAACCCUGUGGAGGAACAUAAUAACUUUCUCCAGCCCGUCAUGCGUAAUAGCUUGUACCUGCGGAGUGCCAGUGUACCUACUGAAAACAUCCAGCUCAGAUGCCCACCGGUCGACCCCAAUGCCUGCCGCAGACCCUCUGUCCUGCGCAAACCCUCCAUCUCCCAGACCAUCAAGAGUCCCACAGGGAAGAGGGUACGCUUUGAGCAGAUGAGCACCGUCCUGGUUAAAGGCCAGUGUUUCUCACGUCUGGAACCCCCCAGACGUCAGUCACUGCCACAAAUCGUCCUCAGGGGCACAGCAGACUGGUUUGGGGUCAGCAAUGAUGUGGACGCCACCCAGAAAUGGCAGCGGAAGAGCCUACGCCACUGCACCCAGCGCUACGGCAAACUGAAGCCUCAGGUGAUACGUGAAAUGGACCUGCCCAGCCAAGACAAUCUCUCCAUGACCAGUACAGAGACCCCCCCUCCUCUAUACGUACCACCCGCACAACAUGGCAUGCAGAGGAUCGUAGACCCGCUGGCUCGGGGUCGAGCGUUCCGUAACGUAGAGGAAGUGGAUGGUCUUAGUAUACCUCAGACCCCCAUCACCCCCUGCGCAGCUUCCCUGUGCUCCUUCACCAGCUCCCGCUCUGGCUUCAACCGACCUCCCCGCAGACGUAAACGUGAGUCUGUCGCCAAGAUGGGCUUCAGAGCAGCUGCUGCUCUGGUGAAGGGGCGCUCUCUGCGGGAAGGGACCGUUCGGCGAGUGCAUCGGCGCAGUUUUGCUGCAGCCAGUUUCCUAGAGGAGGACACUGUGGAUUUCCCAGAUGAACUGGACACCUCCUUCUUUGCCAAGGAUGGGCUUACGCAUGAAGAGCUGUCCACAUACGCAGACGAGGUGUUUGAGUCGCCUUCUGAAGCUGCCAUUAAAGAAACUGAUGCCAGUAGAGCUGGAGAUGAGAGGGACUUGACGGGCAGUGCCCUAGAGAAGACAGAACUAGAGCGGAGCCAUCUUAUGCUGCCUCUCGAGAGGGGCUGGCGUAAGGGAAAGGAUGGAGCUCUGUCUCAGCCUAAAGUGCGCUUACGACAGGAAGUGGUGAGUGUGAGCGGUCAACGGCGUGGACAGCGCAUUACAGUGCCUGUUAAGAAACUCUUUGCCAAGGAGAAGCGUCCUUAUGGGCUUGGCAUGGUGGGCAGACUGACCAACCGCACCUACCGCAAACGCAUUGACAGCUAUGUGAAGAAACAGAUUGAAGACAUGAAUGACCACAGGCCUUUCUUCACUUACUGGAUUACCUUUGUCCAUUUGCUGAUUACCAUCUUGGCGGUUUCCAUCUAUGGCAUUGCACCUGUGGGCUUUUCACAACAUGAGACAGUUGAUUCUGUCUUACGAAACAAAGGGGUUUAUGAGAACGUCAAAUUCGUGCAGCAAGAAAACUUCUGGAUUGGACCAAACUCAGAGGCACUGAUUCACCUCGGUGCUAAAUUUUCACCCUGCAUGCGUCAGGAUCAGGAGGUGCACCAACUCAUUCAGGAGAAGAAGAACAGUGAGCGGCACUCGGCGUGCUGCGUCCGUAAUGACCAAUCAGGCUGCUUGCAGACCUCUCAGGAGGAGUGCUCGAGUACACUGGCAUUAUGGGUAAAGUGGCCUCAGCACCCAAGUGCUCCAUAUCUAGAGAAGAAAGUGCGGGAGUAUGGCUCUGUGUGCCAUCAAGACCCCAGGAUUUGUCUGGAGCCUGCCUCGGUUACUCCUCACGAGUGGCCUGAUGACAUCACCAAGUGGCCGAUAUGCACCAGGUACAGCACAGGAAACCACACUAACCUGCCACACAUUGACUGCGUCAUCACUGGCAGACCCUGCUGCAUCGGAACCAAAGGAAGGUGUGAGAUUACAUCAAGAGAGUACUGUAACUUCAUGAAGGGAUACUUCCAUGAGGAGGCCACUUUGUGUUCCCAGGUGCAUUGCAUGGAUGAUGUGUGUGGCCUCCUGCCUUUCCUGAACCCAGAGAUCCCAGACCAGUUCUAUCGGCUCUGGCUCUCUCUCUUCCUGCAUGCUGGGAUCCUGCACUGUCUGGUGUCUGUGUGCUUCCAGAUGACCAUUCUGAGGGAUUUGGAGAAGCUAGCAGGCUGGUUGAGAAUCUCCAUCAUCUAUAUCCUCAGUGGGAUUACAGGCAACCUCGCCAGUGCCAUCUUCUUACCGUACAGAGCAGAGGUGGGUCCGGCUGGUUCUCAGUUUGGCAUCUUGGCCUGUCUGUUCGUGGAACUGUUCCAGAGCUGGCAGAUCUUGGCCCGGCCGUGGAGGGCCUUCAUCAAGCUCUCAUGUGUAGUUCUGUUCCUCUUCGCCUUCGGCCUGCUGCCCUGGAUAGAUAAUUUCGCCCACAUCUGCGGCUUCUUCUCAGGCUUCUUCCUCUCCUUCGCCUUCCUGCCCUACAUCAGCUUCGGCCGCAUGGACAUGUACCGCAAACGUUUGCAGAUCCUAGUGGCACUUACUCUUUUCCUGGGCAUCUUCUCCAGCUUCGUCGUUCUCUUCUAUGUUUACCCUGUCAAGUGCGAGUGGUGUGAGCUUCUCACCUGCAUCCCACUGACGGACAAGUUUUGUGAGAAAUACGACCUCAAUGCUCACCUCCACUGAGGCCUUGCAGAAGAAGGGCUGCAAUGGAGGGCAUUUGGACACCAGCUCCAGCUUUUCUGCAGGCCUGGACUGAUUUCAUUUACAGACUCUUUCAACAUACAGUCUUUUUAUAUAAUGUACUUUAUAAAGAAGGUUUUAUUGUUUUUAAUUUCUUCGGCUCAGAGAAGAGCCCGCCCCAGGAGGGAAGAAUAAUAGUUAUGCCAAUAGUGCCUUUUCACUCAGUACCAGCUACUGCCAUAUCUGAGUCCUGUCAGAUCGGAGCACUGAGGCAAACCUGUAAUGUGUGUAGUGCAACUACAAUGGUAAUAUUUGGUAGUGUUUUAGCUACCUGAUCACAUGUAACACAAAAUACAAUGUGAAGAAAUCA